UUGACAUUCCCCUGUCUUUUUCUCUCUCUCUCUGUGGUUCUCUGGUUUCUCUGUCUCUCUCCCUCUCAUGGUGGUCAGUCGUGUCGGGCCCCGGGGCCUGGAUGCUGGCGAAUCUGUGGGGCCGGCCAUGUGGGCCGGCCAUACACCACCGUCUUCAUCCCUCUGAGCAGCAGCCUGUUCUCCACCAAAGCCUUGAGCUUCUACGUCUGGUUAAAGCAGAUGAAGGAGCUGGAACGGGAGAAAGAUUAUCUUCUGGCUGGGCUGGAUGUGUUAGAGAGAGCCAAAGAAUGGUACCAGACCCAGAUCCAUAAUAUCACUGAGACACAGAGACAAGUUGGCCAGAGUCAUCACACAACUGAGUUCAUCACUUGUCAGAGUCAGAUGGAUGUUCUUCUGCCUAAAUUACAGGAAGUGACACGCUGUCUGAAUAAUUUGAUUUCAUUCUCUGGGACGGCGCUCCAAUCCACAAGCUUAAUGUCUCUCAGCGGCUCCUGCAGUGCUCCUCCUCAAGUCAUCCACAUACUGAAGGAGCAGAACCGACUCCUCACACAGGAAGUCACAGAGAAAAAUGAGUGCGUCACUCAGCUGGAGCAGGAGAAAUCUGCUCUGAUCAAGCAGCUGUUUGAGGAUCGAGCGUGCAACAUUCACGACAGCAGUGCGCUUGCCUCCACCUUCAUCUAACACUGAGCUCUCCACCACUGAACCAAAUGCCUCCACACGCUCCACCAUUACACAUCUCAACAAUCAUCCACCAUACAGCAUUUUCAUCUGAGUUCCAUUUCAUACACUAUGAUCUCAAUAACAGACCAAACACCAGAUCCAGACAGGAGCUCUUUGAGCCUAACGGUUUGUUUUUCUUCCUGAAUGGAUUCUCAUUUGGUUGCACCACGUUUCUUCAUUUCAAUCAACUGUGACUGACUACAUUUACAAACACAUGAACUAACCAGAACAAUAAACCACAGAUAACUAUAAUUCAUCACAUCAGAUCACAUCAUGGACCAGCACAUCUCUCCAGUGGGAUUUUAAGAAUCAUUAUUUAAGUCUAUGAAACAUACAAGUGUUAUUAGACUAAAUAUCAGCACUGUUGGAAUGUUGCCUGUCCAAACACACCCAAGGCCCGGAUCUAACUGUCAAUUGAAAUAACCCAGAAUACUUUUCUUUUGUCUUCUGAAGCUCUGUGAUCAUGAGCUGUGAAUGGUUUGUAGUGAAUUCUGAGUGUUUAGUUUGCUUCAGUGUGACUGAAGUGUAGUUUUGAAUUGAAUCAGGUGUGAUGAUGAAUUGAAACUCUUUUUAAGUGAUUUCAUGAAUGACUAGAGCAGUCACACAUAUGAAUCUUUAGAGGAGAGAUCAAAAUUCCUUUGUGUGACUGUAAAUGUUUUCAACAUAUUUCAACAGGCCACAUAUUUACUACAGAAAUGUAUGAACCCAGCAGCAAAGAUCAAAAACUCUCUCUCAGCCCUGACGGCACACAGGUCAAGAUGAUGGAAGGGUGUAGAAAUGUCUUGUACAAGAGGAGUGUGUUUUACCGAAUGUAUUAUCAACGUAUCACAGAGGAGAAAUCAGGAGGGUAUAAAGUUACACGUGGUUCAUUGGGAAUAAUCUUAACAUGGCAUCUUCAGAUUUCUUUGAUUUCUAGUUACACAUGUUGAACAUUUUCUCAACUGUGUGUGAUCCCAGAGGUUUGCAGAUUUUUAAAGAUCAAAUAUUACACACUUUAAAUUCCAUGUCUCUGUCUAUCAUGGUAAUAUAAUGUAAUUAUUAUGUAAUCAUUGUUUUAUUACAUAUUGAAGCUGAUUGGAGAAUCACACAAAAACCAUCAAGAACAUGUCCAGGUUAUAUCACCCCUAAAAAGAGAAAGAAAAGAAAUAAGAAAUUAUAUUUUGUAUAAAGAAAAUAGAGUAUAUUUAGGACUAUUUGCAAUUUGAUUUGAUUUUGGGGUGAAAUGGAUAUGUUUUCGUCAGAUUCACCCUGUUAUGAGGCAGUCAUUAGUUUAAAUUCAUUAGGAACUCCGCUAAACAAAGUUAAAUUGAUGUACAAUCAGAAAAGUACUGCAGAUGUGAUGUUUGUUUGAUGGAUCUGAGCUGCUAAAGUGAAGAUCACAAGUUUGAUGAUGGUCGCUGAAAGAACAUGUGUCAUCCAUGAGCUCUGCAGGGACUGAAGCUGCUCUGAGGUUGCUUUUGAAGAACGUCAAUAUCAUCAGAGGGUUUAUAUUUGAAUGUGAUGUAACUUCACUUCACAUGCUAUCACCUGUGCCCCGGCCUGAUCCGCCCUGAUCCAUCAGCCCUGCAGGCGACAUGCUGCCGGCCUUCGUGAGUCUCAAGUGUUCACAGUGAAAUCGAAUCUAAAUGUAUCUACAUACUGAAGGGUUAAACUUUACAGCAAAAGAGGCUUGAUUAGCCUAAUACGGGACCGGGUGCUUAGGAUCACAACCCGGCCCCGCCCUCUCCCCUGCCACAAGUUGAUUUAUCGGUUUUUCCCAACGGGUGCUGUUCACACACCACUAAAUGGAAAAAUGUUGUUAAUUUUCCGGGAAAAGGUUGCCCACAAAUCAGAGGAAAGAAUGUGAAAAUCAAGGCAGUGUGACUUUGUCAGAUUAUUAUUAGGCACUGUGUCGUCAUCAGACUAAAACGACUCAAAUUUGAAGCUUGUAAAUUCCUGGAUGGUGUGAAUGCUUAAACAGGCCAAACUGUAUGGAUUUAUAAUAUAGUUCAUCAUAGACUGAUAUAUCGGCUUUACCAAUUAAUCUGUGCCAAUAGUUGUUAUUAUAACUUUGUUAUCGUUAAAAAUCUAUGGCGAUAAAUUUGUAUUCUGAUGUUUUUUCUUCCUCAUCAAUAAACCUAAUUUGCUAAAAAAU